AUGGAUUCAGAUUUUGGGAUAGCGAGAGAAUUGUCCGAUCUCCAAAAGCUUCGAUCUCAGUACCAACCAGAGCUCCCCCCUUGUCUUCAGGGGACUACUGUCCGUGUGGAAUUUGGUGAUGGAACCACUGCUGCUGACUCCUCUGGUGCCCACACCAUAUGCCGGUCUUUUCCACACACUUACGGUCAGCCUUUAGCUCACUUUAUUAGGGCAACUGCCAAAGUCCCUGACGCCCAGAUAAUUACUGACCAUCCAGCAAUUAGGGUUGGUGUGGUUUUUUGUGGUAGACAAUCUCCUGGAGGACAUAAUGUCAUAUGGGGCCUUCACAAUGCUCUCAAGAUUCACAACCCUAACAGUUCUUUGCUUGGAUUUCUGGGUGGUUCUGAAGGCUUAUUUGCACAAAAGACCCUUGAGAUCACUGAUGACAUUCUUGCAACCUACAAAAAUCAAGGUGGUUAUGAUUUGCUGGGAAGAACAAAAGAUCAAAUACGAACAACUGAGCAAGUCAAUGCUGCGCUCAACGCAUGCAGAGAUUUGAAGUUGGAUGGCCUUGUCAUUGUUGGAGGGGUGACAUCAAACACAGACGCUGCUCAGCUUGCUGAAACUUUUGCAGAAGCAAAAUGCCCAACUAAGGUGGUUGGGAUUCCUGUUACUUUGAAUGGAGAUCUCAAAAACCAAUUUGUUGAAACAAAUGUUGGUUUUGAUACUAUAUGUAAGGUUAAUUCCCAGCUCAUCAGCAAUGUCUGCACAGAUGCUCUUUCAGCUGAGAAGGUCAUUCUUGGUGAGGAGGUGGCUGCAUCAAAGCUUACUCUUUUUGACCUGACAAAACAGAUUUGUGAUGCAGUACAAGCCCGGGCGGAACAAGACAAGUACCACGGAGUCAUCCUGCUACCCGAGGGGCUUAUAGAAAGCAUUCCUGAAGUCUAUGCUCUCUUGCAGGAAAUUCAUGGUCUACUGAGGCAAGGUGUUUCUGUUGAUGCCAUUUCUACGCAAUUGUCACCUUGGGCAUACGCUUUGUUUGAAUUUUUGCCUCCCUUAAUUAGAAAACAGCUGCUUCUCCAUCCAGAAUCAGAUGACUCUGCUCAGCUAUCCCAGAUUGAGACGGAGAAACUCCUCGCACAUCUCGUGGAAGCAGAAAUGAACAAGAGAUUGAAAGAAGGAACAUACAAGGGUAAAAAAUUUAAUGCUAUCUGCCACUUCUUUGGCUAUCAAGCUCGGGGAUCUUUACCUUCAAAGUUUGAUUGUGACUACGCAUAUGUUCUUGGGCACAUUUGCUACCAUAUUCUGGCAGCUGGGCUGAAUGGUUAUAUGGCUACUGUAACUAACCUGAAAAAUCCUUUGAACAAGUGGCGUUGUGGUGCUGCUCCAAUAACUGCAAUGAUGACUGUGAAGCGUUACGGCCGUGGUCCUGGGGCCUUACCAAUUGGGAAACCUGCCGUGCAUCCUGCUACCGUCGAUUUGAAAGGCAAAGCAUAUGAGUUACUGAGACAAAAUGUAUCCAAAUUUUUGAUGGACGAUGUUUACAGAAACCCAGGGCCCCUUCAGUUUGAUGGUAUAGGUGCUGAUGCUAAGGCUGUAACUCUGUGUGUUGAAGACCAGGAUUACAUGGGCCGUAUCAAGGCAUUGCAAGAGUAUCUCGACAAGGUGCGGAUGAUUGUGAAACCAGGAUGCUCACAGGAUGUUCUGAAAGCAGCUUUGAGCGCCAUGACUGCUGUGACUGAUAUUCUCUCGACCAUGACCUCACCUUCAAACGGUGGGAACACACCUUAUUAG